AUGGAUGAUGAGGACAAAGGUUUUGAUAAUUUCUUAAGGAAAAUCAAAUUUGCUAUUUUUGAUGUAUUGGCAAUCUUAGACUAAGGUGAAGAAGAUAGUGAAAGUCUAUUGUUAUUUUAUUUAUAGACUGUGGCAGAUUAUGUUUAGAUUCAUAGUUUUCCGUUCAAUUAAAAAAUCGAUUAUAUUUGGAAAGCAUCUUCCUUUUUAGAAAUAGUUUUUACAGCUUUCAAUAUUUUAAGUAUUGGUAGCUAUUUACCAACAAUCAAUUACCUCACAUUUAUACUGUCAGUAUAUUUUUUGUUACUUAUCAUAUUCCUGAUGGUCCUGGACAUCAUAUAUGUAUCAUAUUCAUUUUCAAGAUAACGAUUUAGAUGGAUGUGGCCUGUACAUGUAUUAAGAUCUGGAGUUUCAAUAGUUGUUACUCUAUUUUUUCUGCCUAUUACUGAAACCUUGAUAUCUCUAAUAACAUGUGAGACUAAUGCAGAUGGAUAAUAUGCUUUAACAUAAUUUCCUACUGUUUUAUGCUGGUCUGGAUGGCAUAUAUUUCAUGCCAUAUUAGCCAGUCUUUUCAAUCUCAUAUUCACUAUUAUUUGUUCUAUUGUUGCUUAUGCCUUCUUUGAACCAAAAAUGAAGACUAAAAAUCGUACAUCCAGGUAAGAUAGUAAUGGUGAAGUAGUCUUCAUCUUAAAUAAAGUCAUCUGUUAAGUAUUAUACUCUUUCUUGGGACCUUAAGAUAGUUGGAUACUCAUUAUUGUCACUUUUUUAUUAUCCUUAUGGUUAUUUAAAGUAUAUAAUAUUGAUGAUCCAUAUUAUGAUUGGGAAGUAGGAUUAUUUUAUAAUGUAAUUUCAACAUAUUAUUUAUGGACAAAUUCUUGGUUAUUGAUAUGUAAGAUAUUGGAAAAUACAUCAUUUAAUGGUGGAUUGAUAGCUUGGUUAUUGGGAAUUCCAUUUAUUGUUUCAAUUAUGGCAUCUUCUAGAAAAUCAAAGAUUGAUAUGUUGAUAAGAUAAUCAAAUAAAUUCAAAUCAGGAGAGGAAAUCAAUAGUCAUAUUAGAUAUGUGCUUUAAUUGAUAUAAAAUUAAGAAAAGGAUAAGAAUUCUUAUAUGUUAUUGAUAGGAUAUAUUGAGAAACAUAAGGAAACAUGUAAUCCAGAUGAAUGUUAAUUGAAGGAGAAGAAUAAUAAAAAGAUAUCAUAGAAUAAUUUUGAAGCUAUAAUAUCUGGUUUAUUGGCAGAAUUAGAUAAAUUAUUUUAAUAGGGUUUAGAGAAAUUCCCAUAAUCAACAUAAUUAAGAAUAUCUUAUGCAUUCUUUUUAAUAGAGAGAUUGAAUAAUAAAAAGAAGGCUCAUUAAUAAUUUUUAGAAGCAUAAAAAUUUGGAAGACCUGCUUUUGAUUAAGAAUUUAUUAUAUACAAAAAUAGUAAAGCUAUGAAUAGUAAUCAAGAAAAGAAAGAACAAAAUAAUGAUGUUAUUAGCAUGAUAGAAUUUGAAAAUAAUAUGACUAUUUGUGAAGAUAUGAUGAAAUUAUCAGCUAAUCUACAUAAAGAAUUUUGGAUUGAAUUAAAAGAAGAUUAACCUGAUUUAAGAAAAUUAAAUGCACUUGGAUAAAGAAUCAAUAAAACUACUAAUAUGAUAAACGAAAGUUAUGUAAAAAUGUAAAAAAUAAAUCCUAAUAUUUUUUAAACAAUAAGAGUAUAUGGUUUAUUUUUAAUAUUUGUUACAAAUGAUAAAUUAAAGGGUAGACAAUUCUUAAGAUUAGCUAAAUAAGUUUAAUAAUCAUUAGCAUAAGUAGAAGAUGAAGAAUCAUUUUCUUUAGAAAACAAUUUAAAACCUGCUAUUAGUGUAAGUAUGAUAAAACAUGGAGUGAUUGUUGGUAUGAAUCAAUUAGUAGUUAAUCAUUUAGGAUAUUCAAAAUAAGAAUUGAUAGGUAAAUCUAUAAAUUAAUUAAUGCCUAAAAUGUAUGGAGAAUAACAUAAUGCUUAUCUUUAAUAAUAUUUAGAAAAUGUUAAAAAUAAUCAUAUUGAUAGUGAUUAUAUCAAUUAUGAUUAAAUUAAUUAUUUUAAACAUAAAAAUGGUUAUAUUGCUCCAAUGAAAUAUAAGGUUAUGUUAAAUCUAGAAUAUUUAUAAUAUUUUGUUACUUUUGAAUCUAAUUUAGAAUAAUAAAAUUUAAUUCAUUUUAUUGUAGAUGAUGAUACAAAGAUAUAUGAAUUAUCAACAGGAGCAAUAAAUAUAUUUGGUUUAGAUAAUAAAGCAGUUUUGAAUAGAGAUAUUAAAUUGAAUGAUUUGAUACCUGAUAUUAUGCAUAAGGAUAAAUAUGAUAUUCAUUUCAGAUCUAAUAUUAAAAAUGAAGAAAGUAAUUUAUUUAAUUAUUUUAGGACUUCAUUAUUUGAGAUGUAGUUUAAAAUUUAUAUAAAUAAGGAUAGCAGCAGAUGUAGAUGAAAAUCAAUAAUAAUAAUAAUAAUAUUAUUAAAUUACUUUUUAAAAUAUUGAUAAGACAGAAGCUAUGUAAUCUAAUAAAAAAAGUAUUAAUCGUUAGAGUAUUGAUAUUCUUAAAUUAAAUCCAACUUUUUAAAUAUAUUCUGCUCAUCAAAGUUCAUCAUUUAUGUAUGCAACUCAAACAAAUUAAUAAAAUUUAGAUACUAAUUUAGUAUAUUCAAUGAUGGCUAAUUUCUAAUAAGGUCCUAGACCAGAAGAAAUUGAAUAAAUUAAUAAUUAUUUGAUAAGAGAAGAGAAAUAAACAAUUACUAUUGAAUAAACUAUUGGAAUAGAUGAUGUAAUAAAAACAAGAAGAUUAAUUAAUGGUUAAAUUGUACCUAUUGAUGAAGAAUUUGAAGAAUAAAUCUUAAAAGAAUUAGAGGAAUAAGAAUAAGAUGAUUCUAUAUUUAAAAAUAGAAAUGAUUUUUAAAUAAAUAAUAGAGAAUAUAAGAAUUUUUCAAAAUAAAAAUAAUAAUCAACAAUUGUAAAUGCUUUAAAUACUAAUCAUAAACAUAAAUAAAUAACAAAACUCAAAUAAUAUACAUUAUUUUAUCUUAUUUAUUUUAUGGGAUUUGCCAUAUAUUAAUUUAGUGAUAAAUAAAGUUUUUAUGAAAUAUAAACUGAAUCUUUAACUACUAUGCAUUAUUGUUAUUAAAUCAAUUUUGAAUUAUUAAGAUUAUUUACAAGAUCAAUUGAUCAUAUUUUAGUAUUAAAAAAUUUUACUAAUUAUACUUCUUAAGAAAUAGUAUUAGAUAUUAAUAAAACAGUUAUUAACUUAAAUGAUAUUACUUUAAAAUCUGUUAAAUAUGAUAUAUUUAAUGAUUUAUUAAUGACUGAUGAAAUAGACUUUAUCACAGUCUAAAGUAAUUGGGUUCCUAUUAUUAGAAAAACAAGAUUUGAUUAAGCUAUUGUAUUAAUGGAAACUUAUGCUUUAAUAUGGAUAUCUAAGAAUUCAUCUACUUUAAAUGAUAUUGAAAUAAUAAAUAUUCUAACUAAUUUUCAUCCUACUAUGACUUAGAAAUUAGUGGAUAUAAAUUCUCUACUUUAUGAAAAUGGAUAUGAUAAAGUUAAAGGAUUAUAAACAUCUUAGAUUAUUUAAAUUAUCUUAACAUUAAUUAUAAGCACAUUCAUUAUUAUUAGAGUAAUCAUAUUCAUGAUAUAAGUUAAAUAAUAAAGAGAAAAUAUAAUGUUUUUAUUUUUGGCUAUACCAGAUUCUCAUUUAAGUAAUUUUUAAAAGAAUUGUGAAUAAUUCUUAAAAUAAUUUGUGAGUAUUAAAGAAUUAAUUGCUUAAACUUAUGAUUUAGAGGCAUCUUCUGAUGAAGAAUAAGAAAAUGAAAUUAAUGAUUAAGUUUAAGAAGCUAAAAAGUAAUAAGAAGAUGAUUUUGGCAAUGAACACAAUAGAAAAUAAGCUUAAAAAUAUAAAAAGGUUCUUUAAAAAUAUUAAAGUAAUAUUUUAAAAGGACAAUUGAAUCUAGUCUUAAGUGUGAUAUUAAUAGGUUGGAUUAUUAUAGGAAAUUCCCUUUUCUAAUUCUUUGAUUUAGUCAAUUAAUAAUCAUUUCUAAAACUAAUAUGGCCCUAAAAUUAUCUAUAUCAACAAUUCACUAUGAAUUAUAUUGAUCAUUUAAAUCUAUAUACACUUAUGCUUUUAAAUAGCAGCAUAGAAGCAAAUGGAGAAAAUAUAAAAGUAACUGCAAAUAAUCAUUUAAGUGUUUUCAAAAAUAAUUAAGAGAAUCUUAGAGAAUUUAGUGUAUAGGUUUUUGAUUAAUUUGAAGAGUUUACUGAUUUAUAUAACACCAUCUAAUAUUUUAUGAUAUGUGAUCCAAUAAAAGAUAUUAUAGGGGAAGAGGAAUACAAUAAAUGUUCUACAUAUAUAAACACUACAAAUCUAUUAGGAAUUAUUGCUAUUGAGCAAUAUAUGUAUUAAUUUUUUGAAAGAAGACAAAGACCAUAUCUAAAUCUAAAAGAGGAAAUUUUAGAUUCUCCUCAAUUAAAUGAGUCACUUCUAUUCGAAAUCAACUAUUGUUUAUUUAAUUAUAUUGGUUAUGCAAUUGAUUACAUGAUUGAAUAGGAAAACAUAAUGAUUGAAAAUGUGUUUCAAUCUUCAGUUAAUUUAUCAUUACUUUUAACUAUUAUCUAUGUAAUAGUUAUGUUUUUCUUCUAUAUUCUUGUAGCUCUACGUUAUUUUAAUUAAAUCAAUAAAGAAGUAAUUAUUAAAUUAAUAUUUUAAGACAAAUUAAACAAUAUAAAUGUUAAAUAUGAUUCCAAUUGAAGUGAUAAAAUAAAAUAAAAAUCUUAGAGAAUUUGUCAUAGGACUAAUAAAAAUGAUGGAUGAACAAUAAUAUAAAUGA